AAUCUAGAGAUGGCUAAUGUUGUGACAAAAGUAAAAGAAGUCAUCAGCUACUGGUACCUCAGAUAUCAGUUGGCAACAGAGCUCUACAUGGUAGAACCCUGGGAGAAGACUGUUGUUCAUUUAUUAUUUGCCAUAAUUUUUGGGCUGUUCUGGUAUUUCAACACCACCGUUGUUUUGGAUGGAAUAUCAAGACUACGAAACUCCACCUCACAUCUGGAACUUAUAGAAUAAUAAAUUACCUAAUUUAUGUUAUGAUAAUAAUUAUUAAAGGGGAUUAAAUCUUAUUUAAUGUGAUGUACAAAACCAAAAUAUUUAUAGGCUUAUGUAUGUAUAUUUUCUUUAUCAACAAAUAUAAUCUAAACGAAACACUGGUGUCAAAUCUGACAUGAUUCUCAAAACCUAUCAUCGUCAUUCUCUAUACAGCAAAUACAGAAUGAAAAGGAGAGACUUAUGUUUAAUUUAGUUUUAAG